AUGAUACAGCAGAGUUCUGCGUCGAGAAGAAGUUUACAUGGCAAUGAUUUUCGCACACUGACGCCUUCAAGGGGAGAUUCUUUGAAUAUUCCUAGGGCUGUGGGUGCUAGAUCUGCCUCCACGAUAGAUCUGUUCUACAUACCAGAUGCCACCAUCUCAAGAAGACACUCCACCCUAGUGGCUGCUAGGCCAGACAAUAAUAGUAAUGGCGCGCUGAUGCACCAAUACAAUAAGCCUAAUUUUGCUUCCUCCUCGACUUCAUCUCUACCAUCGACCAAAAAUCGUCCUUCUCGCUAUGAAAAAAUGUAUGAUAAUAAUAAUGCCCCGGAUUACAGAACCCACUCACAAUAUAACUCUAAGUCAAACUCGUCUAGGCGCCACUCCUUAAUGACGAUUCCGGAAAAAUACUCAGGUAGUCGCUAUAGUCUCCGAUCAUCCCCACCUACCUAUUCAAAUCCGCGUGUUAGAAAAGAACUUACACCUUUCCAGUUACAAAGGAGGCAGAUGAAGACUGCCUUCCAAUUCCCCAACGGUGAAAACUUCACACCAAGAAGCCAGAUAGCAAGCUUCCCACCAUCUUCUUCGACUCUUCCUGACUCCCCUUCUGCUUCAUCGUUUCCUUUGACACCAGCUGGAAGCUCUCCUUCACCGAUGGAUAACUCUUGCAUCGCUCCCACCAGUGCUAAACUGUCUCAUGAGCAGACCGUUGCUACCGAUUCCAAUAACAGCACCGAAUCUGAGUCUCCGAAAUCAAUCAGAUCGAAUUCUAAAAAGAUAUCUCAUUUCUUCAGGAAAAUCUGGUCGUCCAAAUCUUCUGGUUCUACGGAUUCCACUGAAGAAAAUAACAAGACAAAGCAGAAAAGGAAAAAUCCAGAUAAAUUUGUAUCGGAACCAAUUACGUCUCUCGAACAGCCGAUCGAAAUACAAAAAACAAGUUCUUCUAUUGUUAAUAACCAAGAGUUUGUUUCACCGCUAUUAAGGGACUCUGGUAUAGUACAAGAUUUGACUGCCCUUGGAAACAGAAAUAAAAUACCGGUUCUUCCUCCCCCUAGAUCGCCCAAUAGGCCCACUUUAUCUGAUAAACGAACCACAAAAUUGUACUACUGUAACCAAGAUUCGCUUCAUGAAGAUAUUAUUGCUCCAGCAGAAAAGACUACCGUUUUUCUGAAACGUUUACAGGGUGAGUGGUCUACCAUCUAUUUAAAUAAAUUACCCAUAACCGCAUCCGUGCCAUCUUCUCUUUCCACUACUACUGACGCAGCCAACUCUUCCUUCAUAAAUUCUCCAACAUCAUCACCAGUUCCCUCCGCAUCGUCCUCGUCAUCUUUAGUUUCUCGUGGACCAAUCCAUUCCAUCUCUUCUUUAGGAUCAUCAAAAUCUAAAAAUGCAGUCAAAUCUUUACGUUUUGCUAAUGAGAUUUAUGUGAACGAUACGUGGUCCUCCGUGGAUUAUUGCAGAUGUGACAACACUUUUUUAAAUAAUUUCUCUAAAGUAAAAAGUCAAGACAUUGUCAAUCCUUCCACUUUUGUCGGCAAUAAUCUUUCAUCUACUAAAAACAUAUCUAAUAUUGAAAUUAAAAUGGAGGUGAAUGAGUUCAAAAGAAAGGAAAUGCGCGUUCAUCAAGAUAGCGCUAGGUAUACACAUUACUACCUCUAG